GCGGAGUCUGCAAUCGCUGUGCGAGAAGCAGGCUCUGCGUAGCCAGAGCGUCCCCGCCUGCGCUGGCCGGGGGACAAGCUUCGGGCCGGAGCGCGCGCUGGAGGCUGAGCAACUUCCAGGCGCCUAGCUGCUAGGUUCUGCGCACCUUCCCAAGCGCUUUCGAACCCCAAGGUGAAGUGCUGGCCGGCCCCAGAGGGCUGCAAUGAAACCACACUUGAAGCAAUGGCGACAACGAAUGCUCUUUGGAAUCUUUGUUUGGGGGCUCCUCUUUUUGGCGAUUUUUAUCUACUUCACCAACAGCAAUCCUGCCGCACCUGUGCCCAGCUCCUUUUCGUUCCUGGAGAGCCGUGGGCUCCUGCCUGUGCAAGGCAAGCAGCGGGCCAUCAUGGGCGCUUUGCAGGAGCCCUCCUUGCCCAGAAGUUUGGAGGCAAGCAACGUGCUGCUGGGCGGUCACCGUGCCAGCUCCUUCCACAGCGGACCUGGGGAUCCACAGAAAUGGGACCAGACCCAAGAUGGCUUUGACAAUGGGGAAGAGUUUUUUUCCUCCCAGGUCCGGAGGAAAUCGCAAAGUGCUUUCUACCCGGAGGACGACGGCUACUUUUUUGUUGCGGGUCAACCAGGGUGGCACCACCACCCACAGGGCACACUGGGGCUUUCCUCUGCUGGGGAGACAUCGCGGCGGGCAGGACCCGCCCAGCACAAACGGGAGAAGCUACGCCAAGCAAGGCUAAGCAACAUGCCAGAGGAGGCCUAUGACAGCGACAUGCUGUCAGCCUCCAUGUCCAGAGCCUUCCUAUACCGGCUAUGGAAGGGGGCCGUGUCCUCGAAGAUGCUGAAUCCGCGCCUGCAGAAGGCCAUGCGCUACUACAUGUCCUUCAACAAACACGGCGUGCGCUUUCGUGGACGGCGGGAGGCGCGGCGUUCUGGACCUGAGCUGUUGUGCGAGCUGCGUAGGCGGGUGCGCGUACGCACGCUGGACGGCAAAGAAGCGCCCUUCUCGGCGCUGGGCUGGCGGCCUCUAGUACCUGGGGUGCCUCUGAGCCAGCUGCACCCACGUGGCCUGCGCAGCUGUGCAGUAGUCAUGUCCGCCGGUGCCAUCCUGAACUCCUCCUUGGGGGAGGAAAUCGAUUCUCAUGAUGCAGUUUUGAGAUUUAACUCUGCUCCUACACGUGGCUAUGAGAAAGAUGUCGGAAAUAAAACCACAGUACGCAUCAUUAACUCUCAGAUUCUGGCCAACCCCAGCCAUCACUUCAUUGACAGUUCUUUAUAUAAAGAUGUUAUCCUGGUGGCCUGGGACCCAGCUCCUUAUUCUGCUAAUCUUAACCUGUGGUAUAAGAAGCCAGAUUACAACCUCUUCACUCCAUAUAUCCAGCAUCGCCGGAGAUACCCAACUCAGCCAUUUUAUAUUCUUCACCCCAAAUUCAUAUGGCAGCUUUGGGAUAUUAUCCAGGAAAACACAAAGGAGAAGAUUCAGCCCAACCCACCAUCUUCUGGUUUCAUUGGAAUCCUCAUCAUGAUGUCCAUGUGCAGGGAAGUGCACGUGUAUGAAUACAUCCCAUCUGUCCGGCAGACAGAGCUCUGCCACUACCACGAGCUGUACUACGAUGCAGCCUGCACCCUGGGGGCCUACCACCCACUGCUCUAUGAAAAGCUCCUGGUGCAACGCCUCAACACAGGCACCCAGGCAGAUUUGCAUCAUAAGGGCAAAGUGGUCCUGCCAGGCUUCCGGGCCCUGCGGUGCCCAGUGAUCAGCCCCAACAACACGCACGCAUAAAACGGAACUCUCGGGAACGGAUGUGCAAUAAGAUACUACUGUCGUCCUCAAAGUCACAAAAGAAUACUUGAAUAUAGAUUUAGACAGUGUGUUGUCUUCAACUGCAACUUAGUGGCCAUGAGAAUUCUUUCUAGUCUAAGCCAUUGGGUAACUAUUACUGCUAUGAAUAUGGAAAUGGAACUUUAAAACCACCCGAGAAAGAAGCAAAAACAGGAUACAUAGAAAGAAAACAGAUGUGUACUCGUGGGCACGAUACCUCUAAACAUGUUAACCUCUACAACAGGGACACUGUUUUACCACAGUUGGUUCCGACCACAAGUUUGGAAGAUACUACUGAUGAUACGGUUUCUAUCUAGAAAUAGCCAAGUUGAAAUCCUGUAGCUAGCAAGU